UCCUGUGUGUUGGGAGAAUGGAGAGAAAAAACCCCGAGCCGAGCGGCUUUCGGCCCCUGCGAGGCGGCCGCGGCCUCCGCCAGGGGAGCCCGCCCUGAGGCGCGCCGGACUGGGGAGCGAGCGCGCGGGCCGGAGCGAGCCUCGAGGGGCCGCGGCCCCGGCCCGCCCCGCCGCCGGCCCAGGCGCGCGAGCUGGAGGCAGCGGAGCCACCCCCACCCCCACCCCGCGCAGCGCCGCCCGCCGCCGCCACAGCUCUCUCCCCUCCCGCCCCCGGCGGAGGCCGAGGGACGGGGCGGGGGGCUCCCGCAGGAGGGCUGUUGGCCUGCUGCUGUGCUGCUGAACAGUAUGCAGUCCUUUAGAGAGCAAAGCAGUUACCACGGAAACCAGCAAAGCUACCCACAGGAGGUACACAGCUCAUCUCGGAUAGAGGAGUUCAGCCCUCGUCAGGCCCAGAUGUUCCAGAAUUUUGGAGGUGCAGGUGGCAGUAGUGGUGGCAGUGGCAGUAGCAGUGGUGGUGGACGACGAGGAGCAGCAGCUGCUGCAGCAGCGAUGGCUAGUGAGACCUCUGGCCAUCAAGGUUACCAGGGUUUCAGAAAAGAGGCUGGAGAUUUUUACUACAUGACAGGCAACAAAGACCCCGUGGCUACAGGAACCCCACAGCCUCCUCAGCGAAGGCCUUCUGGGCCUGUGCAGAGCUAUGGACCCCCUCAGGGGAGUAGCUUUGGCAAUCAGUAUGGGAGUGAGGGUCAUGUGGGCCAGUUUCAAGCACAGCACUCUGGCCUUGGCGGUGUGUCACAUUAUCAGCAGGAUUACACGGGGCCUUUCUCUCCAGGGAGUGCUCAGUACCAACAGCAGGCUUCCAGCCAGCAGCAACAGCAGCAGCAGCAAGUCCAGCAGUUGAGACAACAGCUUUACCAGUCCCAUCAGCCCCUGCCGCAGGCCGCUGGCCAGCCAGCAUCCAGCUCAUCCCAUCUACAGCCAAUGCAGCGGCCCUCAACUCUGCCAUCUUCUGCUGCUGGUUACCAGUUGAGAGUGGGUCAGUUUGGCCAACACUACCAGUCUUCUGCUUCCUCCUCUUCCUCCUCCUCCUUCCCUUCACCACAGCGUUUUAGCCAGUCUGGACAGAGCUAUGAUGGCAGUUACAGUGUGAAUGCUGGAUCUCAGUAUGAAGGACACAAUGUGGGUUCUAAUGCACAGGCUUAUGGAACACAAUCCAAUUAUAGCUAUCAGCCUCAAUCUAUGAAAAAUUUUGAACAGGCAAAGAUUCCACAAGGGACCCAACAGGGGCAGCAGCAGCAGCAACCACAGCAGCAACAACACCCUCCUCAGCAUGUGAUGCAGUAUACCAAUGCUGCCACCAAGCUGCCCCUGCAAAGCCAGGUGGGGCAGUACAACCAGCCUGAGGUUCCUGUGAGGUCCCCCAUGCAGUUUCACCAGAACUUCAGCCCCAUUUCUAACCCUUCCCCAGCUGCCUCUGUGGUUCAGUCUCCAAGCUGUAGUUCUACCCCAUCUCCUCUCAUGCAGACUGGGGAGAAUCUCCAGUGUGGGCAAGGCAGUGUGCCUAUGGGUUCCAGAAACAGAAUUUUACAGUUAAUGCCUCAACUCAGUCCAACCCCAUCAAUGAUGCCCAGUCCUAAUUCUCAUGCCGCAGGCUUCAAAGGGUUUGGACUAGAAGGGGUACCAGAAAAGCGACUGACAGAUCCUGGGUUGAGUAGUUUGAGUGCUCUGAGUACUCAAGUGGCCAAUCUUCCUAACACUGUACAGCACAUGUUACUUUCUGAUGCCCUGACUCCUCAAAAGAAGACCUCCAAGAGGCCCUCAUCUUCCAAGAAAGCAGAUAGCUGCACAAACUCUGAAGGCUCCUCACAACCUGAAGAACAGCUGAAGUCCCCUAUGGCAGAAUCGUUAGAUGGAGGCUGCUCCAGCAGUUCAGAGGAUCCAGGCGAGAGAGUGCGGCAACUAAGUGGCCAGAGCACCAGCUCUGACACCACCUACAAAGGUGGAGCCUCGGAGAAAGCUGGCUCCUCACCGGCACAAGGUGCUCAGAAUGAAACCCCUAGACUCAAUGCUAGUCCCGCAGCUAGAGAAGAGGCCACCUCCCCAGGUGCUAAGGACAUGCCAUUGUCAUCUGACGGGAACCCAAAGGUCAAUGAGAAGACAGUUGGGGUGAUUGUCUCCCGGGAAGCCAUGACAAGUCGGGUAGAAAAGCCUGGUGGACAAGAUAAAGGCUCCCAAGAGGAUGAUUCUGCAACCACUCAGAGGCCACCUAGCAAUGGUGGGGCAAAGGAAACCAGUCAUGCAUCUCUUCCCCAGCCAGAGCCUGCAGGAGGAGGAGGGAGCAAAGGAAACAAGAAUGGCGAUAACAACUCCAACCAUAAUGGAGAGGGAAAUGGCCAGAGUGGCCACUCUGCAGCAGGCCCUGGUUUUACAAGCAGAACUGAGCCUAGCAAAUCUCCUGGAAGUCUGCGCUAUAGUUACAAAGAUAGUUUCGGGUCAGCUGUGCCACGAAAUGUCAGUGGCUUUCCUCAGUAUCCUACAGGGCAAGAAAAGGGAGAUUUCACUGGCCAUGGGGAACGAAAGGGUAGAAAUGAAAAGUUUCCAAGCCUCCUGCAGGAAGUGCUUCAGGGUUACCACCACCACCCUGACAGGAGAUAUUCUAGGAGUACUCAGGAGCAUCAGGGGGUGGCUGGUAGCCUAGAAGGAUCCGCAAGGCCCAAUGUCUUGGUUAGUCAAACCAAUGAAUUAGCUAGCAGGAGCCUUCUGAACAAAAGCAUUGGGUCUCUAUUAGAAAAUCCCCACUGGGGCCCCUGGGAAAGGAAAUCAAGCAGCACAGCUCCUGAAAUGAAACAGAUCAAUUUGACUGACUAUCCAAUUCCCAGAAAGUUUGAAAUAGAGCCUCAGUCAUCAGCCCAUGAACCUGGGGGUUCCCUCUCUGAAAGAAGAUCAGUGAUCUGUGAUAUUUCUCCACUAAGACAGAUUGUCAGGGACCCAGGGGCUCACUCACUGGGACAUAUGAGUGCCGACACCAGGAUUGGGAGGAAUGACCGUCUCAAUCCAAGUUUAAGUCAGUCGGUCAUUCUUCCAGGUGGUUUGGUGUCCAUGGAAACAAAGCUGAAAUCCCAGAGCGGGCAGAUAAAAGAGGAGGACUUUGAACAGUCUAAAUCCCAAGCUAGUUUCAACAACAAGAAAUCUGGAGACCACUGCCAUCCUUCUAGCAUUAAGCAUGAGUCUUACCGUGGCAGUGCCAACCCUGGAGCAGCAACCCAUGAUGCCCUUUCAGACUACAGCUCGCAAGACAGCAGACCCACGCCAAUGCGGCGGGUUCCUGGCAGAGUUAGUGGUCGGGAGGGCAUAAGGGGUCGGUCUCCUUCUCAAUAUCAUGACUUUGCAGAAAAAUUGAAGAUGUCUCCUGGGAGGAGCAGAGGCCCAGGGGGAGACCCUCAUCACAUGAAUCCACACAUGACCUUUUCAGAGAGGGCCAAUCGAAGUUCUUUACAUGCUCCCUUUUCUCCCAACUCAGAAAGCCUGGCCUCUGCUUAUCACGCAAAUACUCGGGCUCAUGCUUAUGGGGACCCAAACACAGGUUUGAAUUCUCAGCUGCAUUAUAAGAGACAGAUGUACCAACAGCAACCAGAGGAGUACAAAGACUGGAGCAGCGGUUCUGCUCAGGGAGUCAUUGCUGCAGCACAGCACAGGCAGGAGGGGCCACGGAAGAGUCCAAGACAGCAGCAGUUUCUUGACAGAGUACGGAGCCCUCUGAAAAAUGACAAAGAUGGUAUGAUGUAUGGCCCACCGGUAGGGACUUACCAUGACCCCAGCGCUCAGGAGACUGGGCGCUGCCUAUUAUCUAGUGAUGGUCUGCCUAGCAAGGGCAUGGAAUUAAAGCAUGGCUCACAGAAAUUACAAGAAUCCUGUUGGGAUCUUUCUCGGCAAACUUCUCCAGCCAAAAGUGGUGGUCCUCCAGGAAUGUCCAGUCAAAAAAGGUAUGGGCCACCCCAUGAGACUGAUGGACAUGGACUAGCUGAGGCUACACAGUCAUCCAAACCUAGUAAUGUUAUGCUGAGACUUCCAGGCCAGGAAGACCAUUCUUCUCAAAACCCCCUAAUUAUGAGGAGGCGUGUCCGUUCUUUUAUCUCUCCCAUUCCCAGUAAGAGACAGUCACAAGAUGUAAAGAACAGUAACACUGAAGAUAAAAGUCGCCUCCUUCACCCAUCAAAGGAAGGCGCUGAUAAAGCAUUCAAUUCCUUUACCCAUCUUUCUCACAGUCAGGAUAUCAAGUCUAUCUCUAAGAGAGACUCCUCCAAGGACCUUCCAAGUUCAGAUAAUAGAAACUGUCCUGCUGUUACUCUCACAAGCCCUGCAAAGACUAAAAUACUGCCCCCAAGGAAAGGACGGGGCUUGAAAUUGGAAGCUAUAGUUCAGAAGAUUACCUCUCCAAAUAUCAGGAGGAGCGCUUCCUCGAACAGUGCAGAGGCUGGGGGAGACACAGUUACUCUUGAUGAUAUACUCUCUUUGAAGAGUGGUCCUCCUGAAGGUGGGAGUGUUGCUGUUCAGGAUGCUGACGUAGAGAAGAGAAAAGGUGAGGUGGCCUCUGACCUAGUCAGUCCAGCAAACCAGGAGUUGCACAUUGAGAAACCUCUUCCAAGGUCUUCAGAAGAGUGGCGUGGCAGUGUGGAUGACAAAGUGAAGACAGAGACACAUGCAGAGUCAGUUACUGCUGGAAAGGAACCCCCUGGUGCCAUGACAUCCACAGCCUCACAGAAGCCUGGUAGUAACCAAGGGAGACCAGAUGGUUCCCUGGGUGGAACAGCACCUUUAAUCUUUCCAGACUCAAAGAAUGUACCUCCAGUGGGCAUAUUGGCCCCUGAGGCAAACCCCAAGGCUGAAGAGAAAGAGAAUGAUACAGUGACGAUUUCACCCAAGCAAGAGGGCUUCCCUCCAAAGGGGUAUUUCCCAUCAGGAAAGAAGAAGGGGAGACCCAUUGGUAGUGUGAAUAAGCAAAAGAAACAGCAGCAGCCACCGCCUCCACCCCCUCAGCCCCCACAGAUACCAGAAGGUUCUGCAGAUGGAGAGCCAAAGCCAAAAAAACAGAGGCAAAGGAGGGAGAGAAGGAAGCCUGGGGCCCAGCCAAGGAAGCGAAAAACCAAACAAGCGGUUCCCAUUGUGGAACCCCAAGAACCUGAGAUCAAACUAAAGUAUGCCACCCAGCCACUGGAUAAAACUGACGCCAAGAACAAGUCUUUUUACCCUUAUAUCCAUGUAGUAAAUAAGUGUGAACUUGGAGCCGUUUGUACAAUCAUCAAUGCUGAAGAAGAAGAACAGACCAAAUUGGUGAGGGGUAGGAAGGGUCAGAGGUCACUGACCCCUCCACCUAGCAGCACUGAAAGCAAGGCACUCCCGGCCUCGUCCUUUAUGCUGCAGGGACCUGUUGUGACAGAGUCUUCGGUUAUGGGGCACCUGGUUUGCUGUCUGUGUGGCAAGUGGGCCAGUUACCGGAACAUGGGUGACCUCUUUGGACCUUUUUAUCCCCAAGAUUAUGCAGCCACUCUCCCGAAGAAUCCGCCUCCUAAGAGGGCCACAGAAAUGCAGAACAAAGUUAAGGUACGGCACAAAAGUGCUUCUAAUGGCUCCAAGACGGACACUGAGGAGGAGGAAGAGCAGCAGCAGCAGCAGCAGAAGGAGCAGAGGAGCCUGGCUGCACACCCCAGGUUUAAGCGGCGCCACCGCUCGGAAGACUGUGGUGGAGGCCCUCGGUCCCUGUCCAGGGGGCUCCCUUGUAAAAAAGCAGCCACUGAGGGCAGCAGUGAAAAGACUGUUUUGGACUCAAAGCCCUCUGUGCCCACCACUUCAGAAGGUGGCCCUGAGCUGGAGUUACAAAUCCCUGAACUACCUCUUGACAGCAAUGAAUUUUGGGUCCAUGAGGGUUGUAUUCUCUGGGCCAAUGGAAUCUACCUGGUUUGCGGCAGGCUCUAUGGCCUGCAGGAAGCGCUGGAAAUAGCCAGAGAGAUGAAAUGUUCCCACUGCCAGGAGGCAGGUGCCACCUUGGGCUGCUACAACAAAGGCUGCUCCUUCCGAUACCAUUACCCGUGUGCCAUUGAUGCAGAUUGUUUGCUACAUGAGGAGAACUUCUCGGUGAGGUGCCCUAAGCACAAGCCUCCCCUUCCGUGCCCUCUCCCCCCCUUGCAGAACAAGACCGCGAAAGGCAGCCUCAGCACAGAGCAGUCGGAGCGGGGGUGAGGGGGGCAGUGUGCUCGUGGGAAUGGAAAGGACAGCAAGCACAGGUGAGACUGUGGAGAUGAGAAGGUGGUGGACACUCGUGAUGGAAUGGAAAUUGUCCUACCGUGCAGCCACACCCUGCCCCACCCCGCCCCGCGUGCCUGCCCAUGCCAGCACUUCCUAAGUUCUCACAUCACACUCAAACCGGUGACACCACAGGAAAGAAAGACCCAAGAUGUUGGAAUGGCUGUUUCCAUGGACACAAUCUCCAUAGUGACAAUGUGGGGGGAGGGGGGAGGGGUGGGAUGAUGGGGAAAUGGUGGGGGGAAUUAAAAGGGAGGGAUAAAAAAUAUAUAUAUAUAAAUCUAUUUUUAGUCUGGAAAGACUUUGUUUAAAUGAAAGGUGCGCUAUCCCUUUUGAUUCUAUUUUAAAAUUAACUAGUUAAAGAUCUCCAAAUUUGUUCCAAUGACAGUGAAAUUUAAAUGUGAAAUUGAACUGAACAAACCCUCAUCUCAUAAAGGACGGGGUGUGUGUGGCUUUGAUCUUUACCUGUCUCACACCAGUUUAGAGAACACUAGACCCAGGAUUGGAAAAGCAGACAAACCACACCAAAACCAUCCUUUUUGUCAUUAAUUUGUCUCAAAGUGGGAAGGUUUUAGGGGGAGGGGGAAAUACAUGUUUUCAAGAGAGGGGGAAUGAUGUUUAAAGACAAAAAUAAAUUUUUUUUCAUUUCCAGAAACACUAUUUAUUUAUUUUUUAUUCUUUAUUUUUUUUCUUUUUGGGGGUGAAAUUGGUAGAUGCCCGAGGUCAUAGCUGUGUCCUGGGUCACUGUGGCUGGUGAGGACUCCCAUCAAGUGUACACAGCAGCAGCAAAGUCAAAGGAUAACCCUCCUCUGGGGCCCCCUGUCCUCAGUGCAUUCCAGGCAGCUGUGCCCUGACCCACAGGAACGCUUGGGGAUAGGAGGAGGCCCAGGCCUGUGCCGCCGGAGCUGGCAAUGUGAGCUGUAGGCAGGGAUGAGGAGGGACUGUCGUUGUGAUCAGUGUGGGUUAAGCUGUCCAGGAACACCCAUUUAACCCUUUUUGCUUUCACUUUUGUAAAGGAAAAGAGGACCUGUCAGAUAGGCAGCCCCAUGCUACGUGAUUCUUUAUGUUGUGUUGUGUUGUUUUGUUUUGUUUUGUAAAUUGUAUAAUUUUUAAAUAUCUGAGUUUUAAAAAAAGAAAAAAGUACAAAAAAAUCUUGUUAUGGCCUUAAGAAGGGGUUAGUGCAUCUUUCAGGGGUCACUCUGCCAUGGGGAUAAAAUAGCUGUUUCACAAACAGUUUUAUUUAAAAAAACAAAAAACAAAAAAAAUCAAAAAAUCAAAAAAAUAAUAAACUUCAUUUUAACCUUG